UCACCAGUCAUCUUCCCCAAGAAUUAUCGUCUAAGAGCAGAAUGCGUACUUCAGCUCUCCUUACACUCUUUUUCAGCUUCUUCUUCGUUAUUGAGAUGGCAUUUUGUCUUCCUUCAAUAUCACCAUCAACUUGGGAUUAUGUUCCUGGUGCCCGAGAGAUUCUCGGUUCGCAGAACAUACGCAUCAUGGACCCCGUGACUAGUACUGGCCCUAUCGGCACGUUCCUCAGGAAGCUAGGCUCGUCACGCAUGCGCGAAAUGCAACUGCAGAUCGACGACUACUGUUCCAAAUUUCCGUGUCCCACACCAAGGGAGACUCUGUAUAUUUAAACUUAUACCAGAUAGCAAGAGUUGUCCUCGCGGCUUUGCAAAACUUUCAAAUGUAUAUCCUUCAAACCAUUAUACCUCUGGCAGGUACUAGACCUUGAUUCGGUCCAUUUGUUGUCACCCUUGUCCUAACGUUUCAAACGAUUUGCAAGUAUAUAACUUAUCAUGUAUGUAUCUUUGUAGAAGCCUGUCACACUUAGCUCGUGUACAUAUGUCGAAGUCACUCACAGUACAUAUAGCACAGCCAACUGUUACAGCUUCUUGCAAGUUUCUUGCACAGAAAUUUUUUGUUGCACGAUUUAACAUUUGUUUGAUGGUCAUUGGAACCAUUUACAUUCACUUCGAUGGAAAAUGAGCAUUUGCCUUUUAC